CCACAACCACUAUGCCAACUAUAACUACCACUAGCCCAACUACAGCAACCUCAGCUGAAGCACUUGUGUGUGAAACUUGCACAAAUGCUAACUGUUCAACCACAGCAGCAGUUACAUGUCCCACAGGCACGAUGUGUAUCACAGCUUCCAUUCAAGCCUUUUCAUCUGGGACUCCUGGACAGCAAAUCUACAAGGCCUGUGCACCCCCCUCCCUGUGUCCAUCCACAGGCUCUCAGACAUUUUCAGUUAACUUGGGUCUUUCGAGUGCACUUGCAAGUGUUACAUGCUGCAGCACAGACAACUGCAACUCCGUCACUCUGCCUUACCCUGCGGUUCCAGCAGAUAACAGUCUACAGUGUCACGUUUGUAACCCCAGCACCUCUGAUUGCAGCCUUUCAAUACAAUGUAAGGGAACAGAGGAUCGCUGCUUUCAAGCCAGUGUGACAAAUGGGGCCGGCACUUCUCCAGCAUGUGGCUGUGCAUCUUUAAAUCUGUGUGAAGCUGCUACCAUCCUGGGGACACUGCCUUUCAUGCAAGAUGUUGGUACCAUUACCAGUGGACCAGCCUGUUGUGGGACUAGUUUGUGUAACACUCUCACUACAACAACAAAAACCACUACCCCAACAACAACAACAACUACCCCAACAACAACAACCACUACCCCAACUACAACAACCACUACCCCAACUACAACUACCACGACCCUAACAACAACCACCACUACCCCAACUACAACAACCACUACCCCAACAACAACCACUACUACCCCAACUACAACAACCACUACCCCAACUACAACAACCACUACCCCAACUACAACAACCACUACCCCAACGACAACAACCACUACCCCAACUACAACUACCACUACCCCAACUACAACAACCACUACCCCAACUACAACUACCACGACCCCAACAACAACAACCACUACCCCAACUACAACUACCACUACCCCAACUACAACUACCACUAACCCAACUACAACUACCACUACCCCAACAACAACCACCACUACCCCAACUACAACAACCACUACCCCAACUACAACUACAACGACACCAACAACCACUACCCCAACUACAACUACCACUAACCCAACUACAACU